AUGGUUUAUUACAUUCGUUUUCUCAAGACUCCCAGGAGUCAGAAGCAGAAAUCUGGAUCCUUGUCCAUAUCCGCCCUCAUCUGCAUCACCACGGAUUUAGGAGAUACAUUUUUGGCUCAGGAUGUGGAUCUAGUUGUAACAUUGACUCUCAAAGGUUCAGAAAAAGUUCUGCAUCAGGAACCAUUGAGUUGGAAAGCAGGCAAACGGGAACUCCCUAUAUCACUAGGACCUUUCCAUCCGCAGCUCUCCCAACAUACCACUGUCCUAAGUGUCACUACGGCUGAUCGUCUGAAGCAUAAUUCCCCUACACCAGACAUUCUACUGGGAAAAGCCGGCGUUCCUUUAGUCAUCUCUGGAUGGAGUGCACCUUUCGGCGGGUCGGAGUCUUUGGUUGCCGAGAACCUCCUCGAGAGACGCUUUGGGUUCAAAGAUGGCCAAGAUCUUAGGAUAUGGGAAGAAACUGGGAACAGCAUUGCCCGCCAUAUCUGGGAUGCAGCCAUUGCAUCGGUGAUAUACCUCCAGCAAAUUGCUACCGGAGACUCAGCAACAACGGCACCAUUCCUGCAAAAUCUACUACAAUCUGAACGCAGCACUCCUCUUCGCGUCAUCGAACUGGGGUCAGGAUGCGGGAUUGUAGGAAUUGCACUGGCAGAAAUACUUCCUCAAUGUUCCGUCCUGCUCACAGACCUCCCAGAGGUCGAGGAAAUAGUAACGCAAAACAUAGCAGUUGCCAAACCGACACCUUUCUCUAGCCUUGAAUAUCGGACUCUGGACUGGGACGAGCCACUCCCAGAUGACCUCUGUAACGGUUCUGUCGACUUGAUUCUAGUAUCAGACUGUACCUAUAAUGCAGACAGCUUACCCGCCCUUGUUUCAGUGCUGGACCGUCUCGUUCAGACUUCAUCGAAUGCGAUUAUCCUUGUAGCCCUGAAGAGGCGGCAUGACAGUGAAACCAUUUUCUUCGAUUUGGUACAGUCAUCAGGGCUUUCAAAUCUGCAUCAUGACAGUAUGCAACUGCCCUCGCAACAUGACGAGUUCGAUCAAAUUGAAUUGUAUUGCUAUGGGAACAAGACAAGACACCCAUAA